GUGUACUAAUUUAAGUUCCUUACAUUCUCCAGCAUCGACACAUGAUAACCUCAGCUUCAGUGAUAACCUCUUAUCAGCUUCAGUGAUCAGAGGUUUCUCGGCCCGGAGCUUUACCGACCAGGGUGGUUUGCGACGAUGCGAGUGUUCGUGAUGAUGGUGAUGAUGAUGCUGCUGGUCGGGGUGGGGGUUGUGGUGUUAGGGUCUGGCAGGUCAAAAGGCUACAGGCCCGUAGUGAUUGUUCACGGUAUCUUCGAUGGACCGAAGCAGUUCAGAAUGCUGUCUCGCUUCAUAAAACAGGCCCACCCUGGUACAGAGGUGGUGACAUUGGCCCUGUAUGACUACCUGUCCAGUCUGCAUCCACUGUGGCAGCAGGUUGGAGGCUUCGGCAGAGCCUUGACCUCCAUCAUGAGUCGCUCCCCUGCUGGGGUACACCUGCUCUGCUUCUCUCAAGGAGGUCUGAUAUGUCGGGCUUUGCUCUACACCCUUCCGCACCACAACGUCCACUCCUUCAUCUCCUUGUCUUCCCCUCAGGCUGGCCAGUACGGAGACACCCACUACCUGCGCUGGCUGUUCCCUGAGCGCUUGAAGAGGAACGUCUUCCACGUGUGUUACAACAACUUUGGCCAGAAGAUUUCCAUCUGCGACUACUGGAACGACCCUCACCACAGAGCACGCUACCUAGCGAGGAGCAGCUUCCUGCCCCUCAUCAACGCGGAACGUCACCACGCUCUGGCCCAACACUGGAAGGAGAACUUCCUCCGCAUCAGGAAGCUUGUGCUGAUUGGUGGACCAGACGAUGAUGUCAUCACACCUUGGCAGUCCAGUCACUUCGGGUUCUACGAUGGUCAGGAGAACAUUGUGGACAUGAGAAACCAGGAUUACUACAAGGAGGAUGGCUUUGGGCUGAAGACCCUGGAUGAUCGUGGUGGUGUAGAGUUGUGUCAGUACUCUGGGGUCAAGCACGGAGCCUGGCACUCCAACUACAGUGUCUUCACUGGCUGCAUAAAGCCCUGGCUCACCUGAGGAGCUACACCUGUCCUCUACACCUUUCUUCAAUGUUUAACUUUGGAUGUAGCAUAAAAUACAAUUGUCAUUUGUAAGGUUUAGAUUACUUUACUAAUUUUUCCUAUUUAAUAAAACAUUUUGUGAACUUUGCCUUCA